AGUACUUUACUGAAUGAGCUGAUGACGUCAAAGGGUUUAUAGGUCUGUUACUGUUCAGAUAGUGAAACCUCAACUGACAACAUUCUGGUGUCUAAGGAUCAACAUUACAGUCUUGAAGCGCAGAUAAAAUCAGAACAAUCUACAACUAUGUCGAACAAUCUGCGUCAAAGAGGACCUCUGGUCACACAUCAGCUACCGGAAAAUGCAGCAGCAGCAGUAGGAGUGCAGAACAAUGAAAGGAAUAUUGUUCUUCUGGGGAAGACGGGUGUUGGCAAGAGUUCAGUAGCAAACACCAUCCUGGGAGAGAACAGAUUUAAAUGUGGAAGAAGUCUGUCCUCCGUUACAAAUGAGAGUACAUCUGAGAGUAUUGUGAUUGAUGACAGAAACUUAUCUGUCAUUGACACUCCUGGUUUUUUUGGUAACACUCUUUCAGAAGAGCAGCUGGCAAGAGAGUUUGCGAGGAGUGUGUAUCUGUCUGCUCCAGGAGUUCAUGCGUUCUUGUUUGUUGUGCCGUUUGGUAGAUUCACAGAGCAAGAGGAAGACAUACUGAAUCGAGUGCAGAAGGUUUUUGGUGGAAAUGUGUUGAAGCAUGUUAUAAUCCUCUUCACAUACGGGGAUGAAUGUGACCUGGCGACAGUAGAAUCAGAGAUAGGUCAGAAUGAAGUUGUGAAAAGAGUCAUAAAGCGCUGUCAGGGGUAUCACAUCUUCAAUAACAGAAAUCUGAAUGACAGACAGCAAGUGACUGAUCUACUGCAGAAGAUUGACACAAUGAAUGUCAAUGGUUACUACACAGAUGAGAUGUACGAAUGGGCACAAAAGAACACAUUUGAAAAGUUUUGGUAUUACUUCAAACAAUUUUUCAUUGCUGUUGUUGAAUAUCUCAGGGAAAAAAUCAACAGUUUUAGUAGAGAAUUGUUUCAACAGACAAGGUUUGCAUAUGGGCCAGUCUAAAACUAUCAAUACACGAUAGUAAAUAUAGACAAGACAACAUCAUCUUUUUAAUAAUUGUAUACAAUUUAGCUUAAAUGUUUUACAAAUUAACAAUGUUAUUAUACAUAUUACCUGAUGCUAGCAGCACAAUGUUGUUUUUGUUAUACUCCUAAAUAACAGUUUUUAUAACUGUAAUAUACAACCAGAAAAAGGUUAUUCUGUAUAGAGUAAAUUUAAACAAAUGCAAACUUUUAAAGGUACGUUUCUGGUUCUAAAAGCUUAGUCUAUAUCAACUGUACCUUCAAUUAGUUUGAAAUAAAGAUAUAUUCAGAAUGACAUUUACAUAAUGUCUUUAUUAUUGGGAAGUGAUCAAUUCAAAAGGUAAAUGUAUGUUCUGCUUGAUCUUGCAAUCUUUGUACAUUAAAAUAGUUUUAUGUAAACUUUGUGAAACGGCUAUUAAAACCUUUUAAUA